CAGGCGAUCCGCAAAAGAAAAGACAAACUCAGCUGCGCGAGACAACUUUGCGCGUCUGUAAAUGAUUUUUUACACACUGUUUUUAUAGAUCAGUUAUUGAUCAGAAAAUAUUUGGAUUAGUUCGGCUAGUAUAAUUAAGGACAUGAGUGACGUCUCCUCCACACCACCACACUUAAUACAGAGUUGUAAUGGGAACGGACCUCCAGUCUGUUACCCAGUUCUGUCAAACCCUCAAAAUGAUCUUCCCUCCAUGUAUGAAGCUGUGCCGGAUGAACUGUGCAAGCUACCUGGAAGACUUUGGAUAAAUCCUUCUCUGUGGGAUAAGGAGGACGUGAAUCACUGGCUGCGCUGGGCUCAGAGGGAAUAUUCUCUGCGACGUUCAGACCACCAGAGAUUUGAGAUGAACGGAAAGGCACUCUGUCUCCUCACCAAAGAGGACUUUCGUCUGCGGUGUCCCAGUUCUGGUGAUGUAUUAUAUGAACUCCUUCAACAUGUGAAGCAACAGAGGAGAUGUGCAAUCUUCAGUGCACUAUCCAGUUCCAACGCACAUUCACAACAGAUGCUCGGAUCGCAUGGGACGGCAGCAGGUCCUUGCAUUCCCUCUAACAAUACUGUUCCCGUUUGUCCUGUGAAUCCAAAUUCCCAAGUGUCAACAGCUGGCUGGAGCAGCGUUCAGAGUCAGGAGGGGGAACCCAUUUGUGUUGACACUGGGCAUCCGCAGGACAUUCAAACAGGGUUUUCUCAUAAUUCUUCUGAGGAAUCUAAGCAGCAGGUGUCUCCAGACAAAAAGACUGUAGAUCAUCACUGUACAUAUGAGCCGCUCAACCUGUCAAAUAAACAUGAGAGAACUGGAAACAACAUGCACACCACUGAAGCCAAUGGAAAGAUAGCAGACUGCAAACUCUUAUGGGAUUACGUGUACCAACUGCUGUCAGACAGCAGGUACGAGGCCUACAUACGCUGGGAGGACCUGGAUGCCAUGAUCUUCAGAGUGGUGGAUCCCAAUGGAUUGGCGCGACUCUGGGGCAACCACAAGAACAGAGUCAAUAUGACAUAUGAGAAAAUGUCUAGAGCACUGCGUCACUACUACAAACUCAACAUAAUCAAGAAGGAGACAGGGCAGAGGCUACUGUUCCGGUUUCUGAAGACCCCCAAGGAAAUAAUGCAAGGCAGGUCAGACCGUGCAGAACCUUCAGAGUUUCCUGACAGUCCUGUGUCCCCCGACUACAGAGAAGACGCUCUGGAAGUAUCACCUGAAUCGACCCCUGCUACCUCGAAUCCCAGCUCUGAUUACAGCUUCAGCAUAUCACCGCUCCUGUGACACUCACCUUUAAAAACAAUGGUUUCUUAGAAAAGUAGAAAUAGAUCAACAGAAAUAGAUCCUUGAUGAAUCAAUUUCAGGUUACCACUUUUUAAAAUGUAAGAUCAGCCGUUUCGUCACAUACUGUAGUAACAUAUGAACUUAUUAGAAAGGAGACCCAAGAGCAGAUGUUCCUUCAUUAUCUAUAGUAAGACUGAUUGGUGAUAUACAUUAUGGUAAGAUAGGACUCAGUAAGACUUUAUGAACUUUUCAGUUCUAAAGCAACUUCAUGCUGUAUGAGUCAGGGUAGGAGUUGGCAGGAUCUAUCAGGCUUUAGUUCUCUGUGUGUGGUGUUAAAAGCUGACAAAUGACACUAAUUCCCUUAACACACUGAUUCUGUUCUGAGUUUCAAUCUCUUGAUAUUUUAAAAAGAUAAUAGGAAUUUUCUUUUUUCAGGUUGUGAAAAUGUGCAAUGUUGUAGAUUUGUGAAUUUAAGCAUUACAUUGUUUUUGUGUUUGUUUGUUUGUUAAUCUGUAAUCAUAUAGCAUUAUUAAUAUGCACACUGAAAUUUGUCCAUUGAAUAAUGAACUGUAUAAAUAUGCUUACAUUUACAAAUAACAUGGAUAUUAACUUUUUAUCGUCAUCAAG